AUGAAGUCCACAUACGCUCUUUUGGUCACUGGCCUCGCAGCCCAGCAGGCCGCAGCACACUGGAACUUUUUCGACAACUACGGCACACCCAACUACAGCAAGAACGUUUGCGACGACAAGCAGAAGGGUGGCUUCGACUGGUCGGAUCUUACAGAUGGUCAGUCCGUCGGCAACUAUGGUGAUUUUGACUUCUCUGGAGGAUGGAAAUGCUCCAACUCCUUCGGCAAGCGGGACUCCAUGAGCAAGCGGACGUUUGGAAACAAGUGCAUCAAGAACACCGUUCGCAAGGACAAGCCAGCCGCAUUCGGCUGUGCCCAGCGUGGUUUCUCGAUCACACACAUGGAUGUUUCAUCCGAGUUCGACGCUGAAAUUGAACUCCAUUACAAGAUGGAGGACGGAUCUCUCUGCAAGCAACACACCAGCUGCUCGGCCGGUGGAUCGACGUUGCAGAACACACAGUGCGGUGGCGCCAAAUCCGUCGAGGUCUACCUUGGCUCCCACUACAAGGGCGAGAAGGAGUCUUGCGAAAUCGGUUUCCACAACAUUGGUUUUGACUGCAAUGCUGAGAAACCAUACACUACUCCCACCCCACCUGAGGUUCCCUCUACUUCAAGCGAAGUUGUAUCUUCCACCAUCGUCGAGUCAUCCACUGCUCCAGCUUCCAGCGUUAUCUCCUCCGCUGUCGAGACCCCUGCUUCCUCUGUGGUCGAGACUCCUGCAUCGUCUUCUGCCGUUGAGACACCCGCAACCUCUGCCAACGAGUGCGGACAGUAUGGCGAGGCAUGCAACACACCUGUUGAGACACCUCUCUCUUCCACUGCUCCUUAUGCCAACAGCUCUAUGCCCGCCUACACUCCUCCGGCUUCUUCAGCCGUCGAGAUUGAGUCUUCCUCUGUCGUCGAGGUCUCCAGCACCCCUGUAUCGAUCCCUUCCAUUAGCACUGCUACUCCUCAACCGGAGUCUUCCACCGCUGAGGUACCAUCUACAUCUCAGAGCUCUGUUGCUGCUGGUUGCGGUUACGGAGAAUCUUGCGAGCAGUCUUCAAUCGUCGCAUCCUCAACGGCCGCCUCUGGAACUCCCCUCCCUGCUACCAGCUCCGCCGCUCCUCAGCCUUCCAGCCCUAGUUACCCUCCUGUCGACAUCACAGACUCGGUCCCUAAGUGCAUGAACUCGUGGCUCCAGAUUUCGGCCCCAGAUUGCAAGGACAACACCGAUUCCAACUGCUACUGUGUCAAGCCUGAAUUCACUAAGAACGUCAUUGACUGUAUCUCAGCUCGCUGUGGUAGCGAUGACGAAAUCAGCAAGGCCCUUCAAUACUUCAUCGGCAUCUGCGCUGAACACGUCCCCAAGAACCCCAGCAUCGUCGAUGACUGCCCUUCGUACAUUCCCUUGAACCCUACUCCUGCCGCCCCAUCUGGUGGUGCUUCUACUGGUGUUGCUAGCAGCAGCGAGGUUCCAGAGGCCGCUGAGAGCAGCUCCAUGGCUGCCCCUCCCGCUGGUGGCGAGAGCUCUGCUGCUCCCUCUGCCCCUGCUCAGGACACAUCCAGUGCAUACGGCCCUGGUUACCCUGGUGAGACACCUGCUGUUCCUACCCAGGGUACUACGACCGUCCCUGCCGGUGAAACUCCUGCGAUUACCACUGUCACUCCUGCUGCAGAGACUCCAUGCACCACCAUCACCUUCGGUACCACCACACUUACCGUCCCACAAGUUCACUUCACCACCCAGACCAACUCUGCCGGCGCCAACCCAACUGAGCCUGUUGCCCUUGUGCCUGGCACUGCUGAGCCUGCUCAGACCCCAGCUGCCACCACACCCGCUGCUGGUGGUGCUCCUUACCCCAUCCCCUCCACCAUGGGCACUGCCACUGUUCCUAUCGGUACUGCCACCGGUACUGGAGCCAUCCGCCCUUCUUCGCCAGCUGAGUUCACUGGCGCUGCCUCGCCUUUCACCGUGGUGCCCAAGGGUGCUCUAUUCGGUGCUGUUCUUGCCUUCCUCGCCUUUUAG